AUGUCCAAGAGAGAUAGUAACGAGCUGAACCAUCUCAACGGAAACGGCGUUCACGAUCGUAUCAUCGGGAACCCUUAUCUGGCGCCGGAAGAUCCCCGUCAUGUCGCACCGAUAUACUCCCUCGACACCCCUUCCCCGUAUUAUCGCUCAUUGUCACCUUCUCCUGGCCGUGUUCCCUCACCAAACGUCUUUGCACUUCCUUCCCUCUCUCUUCCUAGUCUAUCGACCAUAAGGUUCAUAUCUCUCUGCUUCCUCUGGUACUCGUCUUCCGCCCUGUCGUCCAACACCGGCAAAGUCAUCCUUAACAACUUCAGAUACCCCGUCACUCUCACUAUCGUUCAAUUCUUCUUCGUCGCUGCAUACUGCUACAUAUGUAGUCGACCAGUGUUAGGGUGGGCUGGGAGGCUGCGCUCGCCUUCAAAGGCCAUCCUUCGAGGCACUCUACCCAUGGCUGCAUUUCAGGUUGGAGGCCACAUUUUCAGCUCCCUGGCCAUCAGUCGUGUACCAGUCAGUACGGUGCACACCAUCAAAGCGCUGUCUCCUCUGUUCACCGUAUUCGCCUACGCCCUCCUCUUCUCCGUAUCCUACUCCCCUGCCACGUACUUGUCGCUGCUUCCCCUCACGCUUGGCGUCAUGCUCGCUUGUUCUUUCGAUAUGUCCCUGUCCAAUGUAUUUGGCAUAAUUUGUGCCUUCGGCUCCACUCUUGUCUUUGUCUCGCAAAACAUAUUCUUCAAGAAAAUCAUGCCGACCAACUCGGAAUCUACGACAGGAUCUGGUAUUCCUUCAAGAUUAGACAAGAUAAACCUCCUAUAUUUUUCGAGCGGCACUGCAUUUCUUCUCAUGAUACCUCUGUGGCUGUAUUCGGACGCCCGACGCAUAGUUGAUGGCUGGCUCCAUCCCGCGCUGUCCUUGUCGCCUGGUCCUUCUGUCCCUCUCUAUUUCUUUCUCAACGGCACAGUUCACUUCGCUCAGAACCUUCUUGCGUUCGCCAUCCUCUCCUCAACAUCUCCUGUCACUUACUCGAUUGCGUCACUGGUCAAGCGAAUCGCCGUCAUUUGCAUGGCCAUCGUUUGGUUCAAGCAAACGGUGCACCCCAUUCAGGCACUGGGGAUUGCCCUCACGGGCGUUGGACUGUGGAUGUAUAAUAACGCCAAGAGGGACGUAGAAAAGGGAGAAAAGAAGUUCCGCCAAGCCGAGGCAGUGCGGGACGGGGUCUUACCCCUCAACAAGACGGAUCAGCGAGUCCUCGAAGGACGAUCCGAGGUCCUGUUUACCAAGGAAGUUCACAGCUCGCCCCGCCCCAUGUAUCCUCCCAACUUCCAGCACAUGUCCAAGUCAUCGGCUGUGCGUCCCACUGCCUUCGCUCUUCCCCCGCCUGUGAUUCCCGUGCCCAGCAAACAAGGUGUUUCUGAUCGGUCCUUGCACAUCAUCCCUCAAGAACCACCUUACCCUUCUCCGCCAGCCUCCACUGCAUCCUCUCCGCCUGCCCCUCCAAUCAUGGAAUCGCAUACCAGACAACGCAACAUGUCGAUCGAUCGACAGGACUCUGAUUUUCACCUACCUUCUGCUGUCACCCGAUCCGAAAAUAUAGAAGAGGAAACACACUCAAAAUCUCACAUCCUCUCUCCUCCCAUCAUCUCUGCAGGUGCUUAA